CAUCCAUCCUUCAAGCUUACAAUUUUUGGUGGCUGUACGUACAAGACAUGGCGCACCAAGCACACAACAUCCCCUGGGAGGCGUUAGCCUCCUCCUACAAACUCGCAAAAGUCGGACCUCGUGGAACAUCAGAGCGGCACACGGUUUUCGAAGCUAUCCCCGGCGAAGCGGCGGAGAAGAAGCGCAUGCAUUUUGUGCGCGUCUUCUUGCGCACGCUGGAAGAGUUCUCGGAGAGCGAGCGGCGCAAGUACCCGGAAGUGACUAUCGAAGACGACGACGACGAUGACGAUACCCCGAUCUUUGGAGACGAGGCUGUGCGCAAAGUCUACGCGUACUUCGAAUCACCAUAUGGAGAACCAAGAGGCGAUGAUAUUGACGGCCAGCGCACGGGACGUGGCUGGAAAGAUCCUUUCGACACGGUCUCAGAUAGGCGCGCUGGGAUUGUCAUGGCUUUGAUUGCCACCAACGAAAUCGAGCCACUCCUCAGGCUUGCCAAAUUAAAAAGCAGACCUUUGCAGCGCGUGCUGCAAUAUAUGGGUGCCGAUCCCGGCUGGCGUAAUCUUUUCCAGACGGCCCUCACGGCGUAUCUUUUUCUCAAUCUGGUAUACACCAGGCCGCAGCUGUGGAUGCCGGAGGGGUCAGAGGGCGGCGGCAAAGACUUCCAGCGAGACUAUCGCGAUAUGGAGGGUUGUCGCCGGAUGCUCAAGGGCUGCACCGAAGGCAGGGAACAAGACACGUGGGCCAUUCCCCACCGCGAGUUCUUUGGGCGUGAGUUCAGUUACUUUGAGGACAGCACAAAGCUCAAGGAAGAGGGCGUCGACCCUUUGAAUCCAGGAAACUUGGAGCGCCUCAGGGAUUAUCUUAAGUUGUGUUGGAACCACCUUGUUCGCUCGCACGUGGUCGCAAAAGAGGCAGGCUUGGAUAUUGAUUGGGAGAGCUAUAUAAAAACAGAGAUAUCUUGGUUGAUAUCUUACGGCUCAUUUGUUGAAUUCUACUGAGUGCUACAGGCCCUCAAAGGGACAGUGUGUUUCAAUUAGAAUGAUCAAGUUCGAUUCUUCCAGACACGAACAUUGCAUGUACAAAGACUUCGAUUUAUCUGUUCCAGCAGGAGUAAGGUCAGAUGAUCAUGCAGUUACAACAGGUCAACGUGGGUCACGAGAGUACUUUAGAGAGCUCUGUAAUUCUGUAGAGAGAAAACAAAAAACUGGACAGGGAAUUCAAGCGACAACAUCAUAGCUAUUGGAUCACACCUCAACGUCUAAAG